UGAAUACUUUUUAUCAAACACAUUUUGUCUUGAAAUGCUGUUGGCAUUUUAUUUACAAGACUCUUAUGAACACGUUAAAGUGUUGUUUGAGUUAUUUUAAGUGUAUUUGAGCCUAGUAUUAAAGUGUUUUAAAAAUGUCCUCUGUAGUGGACAUUUGAAGUUAUUUUGUCCAUUUUGCUCUUUUUUUCCCAAAUGACAAGAAAGGGAGUCAUUCUCAGAAGCAGAGGGAAUUUUACUGCGGAUUGUUGAUGGAAAUUCAGACAUUGAGUUAUCUGAUGAAGAUGAUCAAGAUCCACUGUUUGAGGCAGAAGUACAGGAAGAUGAUGUACACAAAUCAGCGUGAAGUACUUGUGUCUGGAGCAACGUUAAAUACCACACCCGAAGAACUGAAGACAUUCUUUGGGAAUUCUAUUUAUUCUAUUCUAUUUAUUUGGACUGUCUAGGAUAUCCAAACAUUCAAAUGUAUUGGGCCUCAAGUACUAGAGUAAAAAUUGUGGCGGAAUCAAUGACCAGAAAUUGGUUUUACAAAUUGAGAAACUCCAUCAAGCUCGUCAACGACCUUGAUUUUUCAGAUGAAGAAAAAACAAGUGAUCUCUUGUGGAGAAUCAGGCCCCUCUUGAGCAAAGUAAGGCAAGGAUGUCUGAGUCUGCCAAGAAUAGAAAAAUUGUGCAUUGACGAGCAAAUGGUCGAUGCCCAGUGCGCCAGUAUGUACCGGGCAAACCAAACCCAACUGGACUGAAGGUAUUUGUCUUGGCUGCACCAACUGAUUUAGUUUUGGAUUUUGUGGUCUACCAAGGCAAGACAACUUUCACAGCUACAGGAGGAAAGGGCAUCGGGGAUGGGAUGGUGGAUGAAACACAUGCAUCAAGGUGUCGCCAAUCUGGCUGCAACAGUAAAACAUAUGUUAUGUGCUCCAAGUGCAAGAUUUUCCUUUGUGUUUCCAAGAAAGCUUUUUGAAGUAUCGUACCAAAUAAGCAUAAUAGAAGCAAAAGUGAAACAAAAGAAAAGAGAUGAUGGACAGUUAUGUUUAUGUUGAACUUUAUCAAGUUGACUUUUUGAUAUUUUUGUUGGACUAACUGUUUCACAAUGAAGUUCCGUUUCCCCUGUAUUGGGUUCCGAUGUCCACUGUAGAAGACACAUCAUAGCUUAAAAACAAAAAUAAAAAUUUAAAAAAUUUCUUUUGCAGUAUUCCAAUUACUUCACAUAGAUUGGGGAAUUUCAAAAUAAAUGUGAUUGGACAACAUUUUUUUUCCUGGUAGUCAGGAGGUUAUGAUAAAUAUGUGUUUUAACAUGAUUAGAGCCCUCAAGACAGGAAAUAACACCCUUAUAGUCACCUUGACAUUUGUAUUACCCAGUGCAGUAGAUACACUCCUGAUCAAAAUCUUAAGACCAGUUGAAAAAUAGCUAGAAUUUGCAUUGUGCACAUUUGGAUCUUAAUGAGGUUUUAAGUAGAGCUACAAUAUACAAAAGCAAGAAGGGGGGGUGAGACAAAAAACACUUUGAUCAGCUGAUCAUAAGUUUAAGACCAUCGCUCAAAAAAUAACAGAAAACUCUCCAAACCAGAACAAAAAUGUUCUCAGUAGGACUCAGUAAUGAGUAGCUCCACCGUUCUUGUUAAUCACUUCAAAAAUGGCUUUGGGCAUGCUUGAUGCGAGUGUUUCCAGGAGGCUAGUGGGAACAUUGCUCCAAGUGGUGAAGAUGGCUUCACCAAGGGCAUCAACUGUCUGGAACUGAUGGCCAUUUUUAUAAACUUCCCUUGCCAUCCAUCUCCAAAUGUUCUCUAUGGGAUUGAAAUGAGGGGAACAUGUAGGAUGGUCCAAAAGAGUGAUGUUAUUCUCCCUGAAGAAGUCCUUGGUCAAGCGAGCAUUGUGAACUGCAGCGUUGUCCUGUUGAAAAACCCAGCUGUUACCACACAGACGAGGGCCCUCAGUCAUGAGGGAUGCCCCUGCAACAUUUGCACGUAAGCAGCCACCGUUUGACGACCCUGCACCACCUGAGGCUCCAGUGUUGCACUGAAUGAAAAAGCACCCCAGAUCAUGAUGGACCCCCUCCACUGUGCCAGGUAGAAAACAUCUCAGGUGGGAUCUCCUUGUCAUGCCAGUAACGUUGGAAGCCAUCUGGACCGUCAAGGUUACAUUUUUUCUCAUCAGAGAAUAAAACCUUUUCCACCUUUCAGUGUCCCAUGUUUGAUGCUCCCUGGCAAAGUCUAAAUGGGCACUUUUGUGGCGUUGAAGGAGACGAGGUCUUUGAAUUCGUUUUUGUUUUUUUAAACCUUUUUCCCGCAGAUGCCGUCUGAUGGUUAUUGUGCUGCAGUCGGCACCAGUAAGGGCCUUAAUGUGGGUGGAAGACCGCCCUGUGUCUUGAUGGACAGCCAAUCGGAUUCUCCGGCUCAGCGCAGGAAAAGAUGCCCGCGAUGUCAGUUUUAGUUUACUGGGUCUCCAGGAGGUUUAAUAAUGUUUUGAAGUUCUUAGGUCUGUACAAAAAGACAGGCAAGCUGGUCUUCCUGGGCCUGGACAAUGCGGGCAAAACAACUCUACUGCACAUGUUGAAGGAUGACCGGCUGUGUCAGCACGUGCCCACACUGCAUCCAACGUCUGAAGAGCUGACAAUCUGCGGCAUGACAUUUACCACCUUCGACCUGGGAGGACACGUGCAAGCUCGAAGAAUGUGGAAGAACUACCUGCCUGCUGUGAACGCGGUGGUCUUUGUGGUGGACUGUGCCGACCACGACAGGCUGGAGGAGUCCAAGAUGGAACUGGACGCCCUGCUGGCAGACGACACCAUCGCCAACAUGCCCGUCAUGGUACUGGGGAACAAAAUUGACCGUCCGGAGGCCAUCAGCGAAUGCAGCCUGCGAGGGGCGCUCGCUCUGGACAUGCAAGUCACAGGAAAGGAAAGUGUGAUACCCAAAGACGAUAGUGCGCGACCCCUGGAGGUCUUCAUGUGCAGCGUGUUGAAGAGACAAGGCUAUGGCGAAGGAUUCAGGUGGCUGUCACAGUACAUUGACGGAUGACUCGGCAGCUGAUGGACCCUUUGUAACAAUAUUGAGUCAUUUCUGCAAAUCAUCUGACAUCAACACACACCCACACUCACACACACACACACCCUCACUUGAGUACUUAUAAUUUAGUCAUAACAUCAACGUCCAACAAAAAAAACUUGUAUCUCCGCUUUCUGUGAUUUUUGUAUUUCUUUUCUUCAAAUUAAAUAGGAAAAAAAUAUUCAGAUAAAAGUAAAAAAAAUGUUAAUUUUGUUUUAAUUUUUUUGUAGUUAAACAGAAAUACAAAUAAAAAAAAGUACGUUGCUGUCCAACAAAACCAUGUAUCUCCAAAUUUUGAUAAAAAAAAAAAAUUCAAUCCAAAACGAAAAAAAAAUAUUCCCCUAAAAAUAAAAAUGCACAUAGUUCGUAGUUUUUAAAACAUAAUUUGUGAAGAUGAACAAAAAGUAAUAGUAGUAUAAAAAAAAUCUAUAAAAUGAAUCUUUGUUAUGUAUUGAACCCACUCCCCAAAUCAUGCUUUUUGUUGGAGAGCAACUAUAAUUAAAACUUUUAAAUCAAUACUUUUUACAUUUUUAUCUGAAUGGUUGUGUUUUGGAUAAAAAAAUGUGUUUAAAUGUUGGACAGCUUCAACAAUACUAAAAAUUAUCUUUUACAUUUUUAUCCGAAUGUGAUUUUGGAUUUGAAGGGAAAAAAAAAAAGUGAUACAUGCUUUUUGUUGGACAGCAACAGUAAAUAUUAAAAUAGUGAAACAUCUAUUAGUGGUUAAAAAGGGUCAUUUAUAUUUUAUUCUCACUAUAAAGUGAAACACUUGUUGAUUGAAUAUAAUUGCACUGCAUGGGGAGUAAGUUAAUAGUUUAAAUAUAUUUAUAAAAUACAUUAGAAUGUAUUAAAAAUGAAAACCAUUUACAUUCUGUCAGUAUGAUGAUGCAGCAGAUGCCUUCAUAAAGUAGCAGUAUCAUUUAAUAAUACACUAUACCAGAUUCAAAUGUGUUUGUCCUGUAGCGGCUGUGUAACCAUUUAAGAUGAAAGUGCAACGUGUGAUACAACAUCCUGUAAAUGAAUAUCCAUAAUAGAUCAGCAUGCUUUGUGUACAGGGCCACAUCGUCUCAUAAUUAACAUAUGCAGGGAUUUGACAUAUAAAGACUGGAGGGUAUGUUGUGAGUUGUAUUAUGCAAGUAAGAUCAUAUAACUGAUGUAAAAUAAAUGUAAAUGUAUGUA